AUGUCCAUAUUCAUACCGAUAUUGUACACCAUCAAAGCACUUGACCCUUCAAUUGAGUUUAACCACUGCUCGUAUCAAUUUCUACUAAACUACUGGCUAUACUAUGUCGCGUUAAGUUACAUAACAAUGUCUCUUUUCAACAAUGCAGGAAUAGCUGAGUUGGCUGCAUCGGCCGCGGAGAUGUGGUUGUUCUAUGGCACGAAUAAUAAUAAUACUAAUACUACUACUAAUAAUAAUCAUAAUAAUAUUAGUAGUAGUAAUAUUGGAUUGGUGAACAAUUAUCUUUUCGGCAAAUAUAGAGCCAAAUUGAGAAACGUUGAAGAAAUGAUAAAUGCGUUAUUAAGGCAAUUUGGACCCAGUUUUGGAGCUGGCGGAGAUUUCAAUACGCAAUUGCACAAUUUGGGUGUUAAGUAUGCACAGCAACCAGUGUCUGGUGAUUACAAAAUUGAUGUUGGUGCAAUUGUGAAUAAAACUAUGCUGAUUUUCUAUUUCAUGUAUGCUAUGUUUAAUGAGAAUAGGGGAGUGACGAUAUCGACACCACAACAGCAACAACAGCAACAACAACAACAACAACAGAGAUCAAAGAGAGUGCGCAAACAGCCGUCAUUCGGAUCCAUGCCUCGUACCACCUCAGUGUCAAGAUCGCGGUCAAAUUCCAAUUCUCAACAGAGAAGAGCUACGCCUGUAUCAUAUACUACAUCGUCUACUACAUCCCCUACUGACAGCAUUACAAAUUCACCUUCCAAUAUGGGAAAAGUGGGUAGUGGUAGUGGAGGUAAUGGAGUGUCAAAGUAUAGAGUCAGCAGCUCACCACCUCCUUUUUCAGAUCAAACACUGGAAUAUGUGCAGUAUGGCGGUAUUGGUGGUGCAAAGAAAAGGACGUCAUCAGGUGGUGAUUUUGAUUUGACUUCGUCGAUUCAAAAACUUCGUCAACAGCAACAGCUGCUGCAACAACAACAACAACAACUGCAACAACAACAGCAACUGCAGCAACAACAGCAAUUGCAACAAUCGCAUUCCGUACCCUUGAGCCAAGAGUAUGGAAACGCCAACUCGCGACUGGUUUCUGGACAAAGUCAGCACUACCAAACUGGAUUGCAGCCACCACAAAGAGCUAAUCCGCAAUAUGUUCAGCCACAUACCCAGAAGAUAUCUCACUCCCAAUAUCAAAAACAGCAGCAACAACAGCAGCAACAGCAACAACAGCAGCAACAGAGACAGGAAAACUUGAAUCAUAUACGACGCUCAGAGAACUAUAGAGAUUAUGGUGGGUCAGGGUCAGCUCCUAGUGGUUAUGUUGUUAGUGAGGAUAAUUAUGUUACGUCUAAUGUAGCAACUAAUGGCAACUAUGGUAAUGGCGGGUUUGGCAUCAGUGGCGAGGACAAGUAUACGGUCAACGAAAAUUCUAUGGCACGGAUGCAAAAUGAUCGAACGGAGAAUGAGUUGCCUGCUGUUCCCACACCAUCAAUGGUCAUUCAGUAA